AUGCCUAGCAUGAAAGUCGCAGCAGCCAAGGUAGCCGCUGCGGAGCACCCGGGUUUGUGUGGCGUGUACCACGCCCACAUCAUAGCGGUCGUCAAGAGCCAGGACGUGCUAGCACGAUCGGGCUCAACCGCGGCAAACAAGUACCGCAAUCAAGUGAGUUUGCUUCUUGAAGUUGUCGUACUAGGGCGGGUGCGGUGUUGCUGUGAGUUGCUGUACAUAGAUGCUGUUGUCUAAGGAACACGAAGCGAAGGUACUGUAGGUACGUUGCAGCAGUCCUUGUCCCCGUGCUGCAGUGAUACACUGACUUGGAGUUGAGGGUAAUAAUAGCUGCCACUUAUCUGUUCAGACUUUUCGAAUUCAAGUACACACCGAAGGCUACUCCUGUUGUGGUCCAUUU